GCGGAGAGCGGGGCGCAAAAGGAGCUGCACUCCGUCGUUCGCAGCAUCCGGCGCUUCUAAACGACUCCAGGCAUCAAAAAGAGGCUGCCUCGCUCGCUGGGGCUGCAUCGAGACGCUGCCCAGCUGAGCAGUAAAGGAACAGCCUAGCAGCACCUGCACGCCGCCGGCCGCCGAGGCGAGCACAGCCAAGAUGUCCCUCGACCAGAAGUCGUUCAGCACGAGGCAGGAGCUGCCCUUCGAGAACAGUAGUGUGGCAAGAAAACAACCUUCUAUAACACGAGUGAACGCCGAGCCCGCGUACGGCAGUCGUUUAGUGACGGCCGAGACGAGCAAAGCCACCUACAAGACGCAUCGCAGUAGAGUCGACUCCAUCCAGGGUAGUAUUGAUUUCAGCGAUGAACCUUAUAAACCAGAAUUUCUCGAAGGCAAAAUCUCGAAGAAUUUCUGGGCGCAGUUCGAAACGCAGAAAAUUGCGAAGGCGAACCAGUCGCUCCUCGCAAAAUUAUCCGCCAUUCAGGACGAGCCUGUGAGGAGAAGGUUAGCUAGACAGGAGGCUCUCAGAGCCAAAGGCCCGUCCCAAACUAGAACGCGGAUGCGGGAACGCAUGCGCGGCAUCCGGAACACGCAAAUAUCGAGAGCUAACGACAAGCAACUGCAGAAACUGAAGCUGCUGAAGCCUACGAUUAGUACGAGGAAGCUCGCCAAGGCUAGAGUGAGAGAAGAAAAGGUCCUAUGGCUGCGACAAACCGACUGCACGUCUGGCCACCUACUCAAAGCGCCGAAAACGAACGAAAGAGCGCAGUUCGAGACCUUCGGCGAGAAGCAGGGCUUCGACCAAUCGCUGGAUACGGAUAUCAAUUUGCCCGACACGGACGCCAUGAGACGAGCGUCGGUCACGGACCGGACCUCUACACAAGCUUUGCAGAAGAACCUCCUGCCACCCCUCGAAAGCCCGCAAAAGUCGCCGCCUCGACCCUCGCCGAAGAAGAAAAAGAAAUCACCUCAGAAGAAGAAAAAGUUCGUUCCCGAUGAGAUACCUCUCCUCAAGCUCAUGGAAGAAAAAGAGGAAGAGAUCCACAUCGACCUGCCGGAUGCUAAAUGCAUGCACCAGCAACGGCAAACGUUCGUGGUCGACUCGGUAGGAGAGGUGCCCUGCACGACCGAGGUCUGGGCGGCCGAGCCCUACACCAUAUUGACGGAGGUCGAGGUCAUCAUGAAGUCGACGUCCGGUGAUGUGAUUACCGAACAAGCUAGAUGUAUUUCGGAUUGGACCGUGAAGUACGGCGGCGCGAAGAUGGUCGAGUCGCACGACAUCGACGCGCGCGCGAUGGCCGAGAUGCUGGCCAAGAUGUUCGAUCUCCGCGUUUUGAAGUGUUGAGGCGCCUUCACGCCAUCGACGUGGGUGGUUUCUUUGUUGGUUUUGAGGCCGUUCGGACCGCGAUGCUCCGCGCAGGUUCAAAGAAGCGGAUGAAGAUGACAGUGGCGAGUUGUCGCACGAGGAGUUCUUCGGGUUGAUGGAAGAAGCGGACUUGGGCUUGAACCGGGCGGAACUGCAGCUCCUGAUGCAAGAAGCCGACGAAGAUGGCGACGGCACUAUUUCAUAUGAAGAAUUUAUGCCCAUUGCCAUCGACUUGGUGGCGUCGUUCAAGGCGCGGAAAGUCGCGAAGCGAGCGUCGUCAGCUGAGUCUCGAGAGCUAGACGCUACGGUAAAUAAGAAGCUAGAAGCGCCAGAACUAGAAAAACAGAUCGCGGAGGCAGAGCGGAUGUUAGGCGAAGCUGAUAAAAGAGGCACCGGUUCCAUGACUCGACCGGAGUUCCGGAAGCACGUCAAGAAGACUCCUGUUCCGUUGAAUAAAUCAGAAUUUGCUGCUCUGUUGAAAAAGAUGCCCCUCGACGCGUUCGGCAAGUUCGUUUACUCAAAAUUCCGGAAGACCGUGAAGCAGGUCAAGUUCGAUGCGUACAAGUGCGACUUGAUCAUGAAGCGAGGCAAGGGCACGACGACGGGAGACAUCAUGGAGCUCUGCCGCCAUAGCGAAUGCGAAAUCCUAAAAACCGAGGCCGAGGACCCCAACGCUUCGGAGGAGUUCGACCCCCACGACCCGGCCUAUACUUUUCUGUUAUCGUCAAAGCAGUUCGAGUUGGUGUUGCGAAAUGAAAAACUGGGACUUACUGGCUUGCAGGUCAUGUCUUUGUUGGCCGACGCGCCGUUCGAGGAUUCUCAGCUAGAUUAUGUCCUGUAUGCGCCUCGCUGCGCGCGAGCCAUCGACCACAUGCUCGACCCCGCGGCCAUGGCCGCCAAAGUAGAUGUUCUCUCUAGUCACUUAUCGCAGGAGAAGGCGUUCGGCGGCAAGUCAGAAGCUGAUUUAGCCAGGGAACUGAACGCUCUAUUUGCUUCUUUUGACGUGGACGGCAGCGGCUGCUUGGAUGGGCACGAGUUCGGCAUGGCCAUGCAGUCCCUUAACCUAGGCUUAGAUCAAGGCGACAUCGACUACUUGUUACUAAGGGCCGAUGCGGACGCGAAAGGUACCAUCGACCGCAAGGAGUUCAUGCAGUUCACCAUGGGCGAGUUAUUAGACUUAGUAAAAGCGAAGCACCAGAAGAACCUCCACCAGGACUUAGAUCAAACGGCGUCGCAUCGGGAGCUCCGCGAAGACGUCGACAUGGGUGUCAAUGCCUCGUCCUUCGACCAGUUGGUGGAUCGCGAUUUAUCACCGGAUCAACAAGCCGAGAUGCAGCAGCUCUUGGAAAUGUUUAGGAGGGCGGAUACGGAUAAGAACGGUUCGUUGUCGGCGAACGAGUUCCAUCGUUUGUUAGAAGCGUUGGAUCUGGGUUUGACCCAAUACCAGAUGGCCCGCUUGAUGGCGGAAGCCGACGAGAACGACGACGGCUGUAUCUCGUAUUCGGAAUUCGUACCUGUCAUGCUCAAGAACCUCGAGACUUAUAGAAGUAAGCAGUCCGCCGGCAAGGAGUGGAAGGAGCGCAUGGAGAAGGCCGAGGCCCAGGCCGAAUCUGCGCAAAGUGUGUUGAGGCAGCAAUUGGAAGAGACGAUCCACGUGCUGGAGGGCGCGUUCCGCGAGGCGGCCAAGGUCGAAGCCGCCGAACUCGGUGAUGGCACCUCACCACAUGCCUAUCCUUCCCUGAAAAGGGAUAAUUUUUUGAAGUGCCUGGCCUCGCCAAAGGCGAACCUCGAUCGCCACAUGAUCAACAUGAUCGCCGCGCGCAUCAAGGACAAGGACGGGAAGACCCCGACAAAGGGCGUCAAGGACGCGGUCUUUACGUGCCACCUCGAGAACUGUAAAAGACAAGUCCUGGAGCAGAUUACUGGGUCGUCGAUGGAGGAACAUCUGAGACAUAUGUUGGGUAAUGCCGAGAAGAAGCACGCUCAGGAGCAAGGCAGGACGGACGAAUCUCGCUCAAAAAUCUUACCGGCCAAAAAAGUGCACGAGCUGAUUUCGGAAGCGAAGGAGCUGCCCCUGACGCGGCAGCAGCUCUUAGCGGUCAUGUCCCUGCAGGCCGAAUGCUCCAUUGACGACGACGAAGUGUCAGAUAGUAAACCCGUCGACAUCGUACCGUUCUGUGCCAAAGCAGCCAAGAUGAUCGCGGACUUUUUUGAUGUUGGCCAUACUAAAAGAAGAGCGCAGCUCGCGAAUUCAGCGCGGACGAACGCCGACGAAUUGUUAGGUGGGAGGCGGGCCGAUGAUCUCGAAGCUAAAUUAACUUCAGCGUUCCAGCGGAAGGAUUUACAGGGCCGGGGUCAUAUCAGUCUAGAUGAUUUCAGACAAGUGAUCCAGUCGAUCACCAUCCUAGAUUUUACUAGAGGAGAGAUCGCGGCUAUUCUCACAAAUGCGCCUCGCGACAAGGAGGGUCAUGUCGUCUGGAACGAGUUCCUGACGCAAGCUCGGGACAUCUUCGCGCUCAUAGCCAAAGAGCGCCACGAAAAGGCUUUAUCCAUGCACGACGCGCACUUCGACCCCCACGGGGACGUCCAGCCUCUCGACGAGGACCAAGUCGUGGCCUUGGGACGAGCUUUGGCCGAGGCCGCAUCUUUGGCAAUUGAUCCGAAUGAUCCAGACGCCUUCAUCAUCAAUUUCGAAGAAUUAAAAGUACCGGAACUCUUACAGGGAGGCAAGGCCGGCAUGAUGGCCGCUUUAGCUUCUCCCCAAGGCAAGGAGCCCGAGGUCGACGUCCUGGCCGACGACCCCUGGGGGCGGUCGGAAGAGUGCGUUCUGGCCGAGGAGGAGCGCGACGUGGCCUGCGUCAACACUAAUGAUGAGGAGAUCGAUAUUAAUCACAAGGUCAUGCCCCAGAACCGCGCGAUGGCCGCGGACUUCGAACAACUGCAAAAGCGGAUGCACAUCAAGAUUUUGAGGAACAAGGACAUGGUCGAGAUCGAGGCGACGUGCCAGGACACUUCUCAUAAAUUCGAACACGCCAUGCGCAUGCCGUCCAUCGCGAUCGUCGACUCGGAGCUGGGCCGGUCCUUCGUGAAGCGCGUCAUGGCGAAGGUGCGCGUCGAGGUGAACGAUGUGCUCGAGGAGCGGCUUAAGGUUUAGUUUUUGUA